AUGUCCACCGCCCCAUUGGAAAUUCCAGAGCCCCUGGACUCCCAUGAGGUGGAGCUUUUAUUACAACGUUACAAUGCUCUUUAUAACCAUGACACUAUCAACGCAAAGAAAAGGAAAGACGGCGAAGAAACACCCAAAAUGUUAAGUCCUGCUGUCGUGAAAGAACUCAACGCCAUUGAGAAAGUAUUACAUAAGCUUAGUACCGACCACUCCUGUUGUUUGGACCAAUGGCGGAAAGUGAAAGAUUUAUCAUCUACAAAUGUCGCAUCUUAUGAUUUGGAUCUACUCAAGAAACAAAUUAUUGGGUUCAACUUACUUUCUCGUGAUUUGGAUUUGCCAAAUGAAUUGCAAUUUGACUUUGGUCGCAGCAGUGUUUAUGGCGACGACAUUUCCUUAGGCUCUUCGCCAUCAUCAUUGUCUGACAUUGAAGAUGCUGGUAAACUUGAACCAAUUGAAAUCGAAGCUUCUAAUUUUGAAGAGCGCUAUUAUAAUUUCAUUCCAAAGGACUCUAUAGCCCUAAUCAAAGAUGAUUUUUACCACGACGUGGUUGGUAACAAAUAUGCCGAGACAAGAAUUUCUAACAAGAUCUCUGACCGAGUAACAGAACUUGAAUCACUACCAUCUACCAUCGCCAAUAUCAACACCAAAAAACUUGUGGAAAAUUUCAAUAAACCAUCAUCUCAAAGAUAUGACAACAGUAUUGACCAACUCAAAGUAAAUUCGCUUGUCGAGCUUAAAUCUCUCAAGCUUCUUGCCAAACAAAAGCAAUUACGUCAAGCUCUUCUUGCUGGGGCUACUCAGAAAUUCCAUCAUGAAGAUCUUAAAGAUACAAGCUCUAUCAUCCAAGCGAAACGUCAACUGAAUGUGCGCCUUAAAGUUGUGGCUCCUCAAACUUCACGAUUGGCAGAACAAUUAGAAGAAGCCCAGAAACGUGAACAACGUAAUGCUUUGUACGCCAAACGUCGCCUAGUACUAAAUAAGAAAGUUGGCGCGAUCAAUGAAUUAUUGUACAACCAGAAUGAAGUGCGCACCAAUCGCUCACAAUUUUUCUUUAAAGCGGUUUCUAAUUUCCAUCAACAAUCAGAAAAGGAAGCCGCCAAACGCCAGGAACGUACUGCUAAGGAAAGAUUGCAAGCUCUUAAAGCUAACGAUGAAGAAGCCUAUCUUAAGUUGCUUGAUCAAACCAAAGAUACUCGUAUUACCCAUCUUUUGCGACAAACAAAUUCUUUCUUGCAGUCUUUGGCCGACGCGGUUAAAGUUCAACAAGCCGAAUCUAAACAAUUGAAGAGUAAAUCCGGUGAUCAAUUGGAAAAUGAAGAAGGUGAUGAUGAAGAAGUCGAUAAUGUAGAUUAUUAUGGAAUUGUCCAUAGAGUCAAGGAAAACAUUUCCAAGCAACCAUCGAUUCUUGUUGGGGGUACUCUUAAAGAAUAUCAAUUGAAGGGUCUCGAGUGGAUGGUUUCUCUUUACAAUAAUCACUUGAAUGGUAUUUUAGCCGAUGAAAUGGGUCUUGGUAAAACUAUUCAAUCCAUUUCUUUGGUUACCCAUUUAAUCGAAGUGAAAAAGGAAAGAGCGCCAUUUCUCAUCAUUGUGCCAUUGUCAACUAUUACUAAUUGGACGCUUGAAUGUGAAAGAUGGGCUCCAACUGUUAAAAAAAUUGUUUACAAAGGUACUCCUAACCAACGUAAAUUGUUGGCCCAUGAUGUUCGCCGUGGAGAUUUCCAGAUUCUAUUGACUACCUAUGAAUAUAUUAUCAAGGAUAAAUCUUUACUUUCCAAAAUUAGAUGGGCCCAUAUGAUCAUUGAUGAAGGUCAUAGAAUGAAAAACUCUCAGUCCAAGUUAUCUUUUACUUUGACCACUUAUUACCAUACAAAGAACCGUUUGAUUUUAACCGGUACUCCAUUACAAAACAAUUUACCUGAAUUGUGGGCAUUGUUGAAUUUCGUGUUGCCAAAGAUUUUCAAUUCGCAAAAGACUUUUGAUGAAUGGUUCAACACUCCGUUUGCCAAUAGUGGAUCGAGUGAGAAAUUGGAAUUAAGUGAAGAAGAAAAUUUGUUGGUUAUUAGAAGAUUGCAUAAAGUUCUUCGUCCAUUCUUGUUGCGUCGUUUGAAAAAAGAUGUUGAAAAAGACUUGCCAGAUAAAGUCGAAAAAGUGGUCAAGUGUAAGUUUUCUGGGUUACAAUAUGCCUUAUAUCAACAAAUGCUCCGUCAUAAUGCGUUGUUUCUUGGGUCAUCGAUCAACAAUGGAACAACUAAAGGUGGUGUCAAAGGGUUGAACAAUAAAAUUAUGCAGCUUCGUAAAAUUUGCAACCAUCCUUAUGUGUUUGAAGAAGUUGAAGAUCUUAUUAAUCCAUCGCGUUUAUCUAAUGACUUUUUGUGGCGUGUUUCCGGGAAAUUUGAACUUCUUGACAGAGUGCUUCCAAAAUUCAAGGCUACCAAUCACAGAGUUUUAAUUUUUUUCCAAAUGACUUCGGUGAUGGAUAUUAUGGAAGAUUAUUUAAGGUACAGAGGAAUGCAAUAUCUUCGUUUAGAUGGUAGUACCAAAGCCGACGAACGUCAAGAUAUGUUAAAGGCUUUUAACGCUCCAAACUCGCCAUAUUUUGCGUUUUUGCUUUCCACAAGAGCUGGUGGUUUAGGUCUUAAUUUGCAAACUGCUGAUACCGUUAUCAUCUUUGAUAGUGAUUGGAACCCUCAUCAAGAUUUACAAGCCCAAGAUAGAGCCCAUCGUAUUGGUCAAAAGAAUGAAGUUCGUAUUUUACGUCUUAUUACCAAUGAUUCGGUCGAAGAAGUGAUUUUGGAAAGGGCCCAUGAGAAAUUGAACAUUGAUGGUAAAGUUAUUCAGGCCGGUAAGUUUGAUAAUAAGUCGAGUGCUGAAGAACAAGAAGCUUUCCUUAGAAGAUUGCUUGAGGCCGAAGAGAUGAGAAAGAAGGUGGAAACCGAAGAAGACGAUGGUAACUUGGAUGACGACGAACUCAAUGAGAUUUUGGCUCGGUCUGAUGAUGAAAAAGUUUUGUUCAAAAAGCUCGAUAAGGAAAGACAGAAAGAGGAUAGCGACGUGUCUAGAUUGAUGACGAUAGAGGAACUACCAGACGUUUUCAGUGAAGAGAAUGUCGAAAAGCAUUUAAACAAGAAUAACAUUGAAGAAGAAGAAUUGGGAAAGCAUAGAGAACGUAAGAGAGUGAUGUAUGAUGAUGGUCUUACUGAAGAACAAUGGUUGGAAGCCAUUGAUGACGAUGAAAUGACAGUGGAAGAUGCUAUCCAUAAAAACCAGACGAAACUCGCGAAAAGAAAUGGUGAAUUACCAAAUUCAAAGAAGAGAUCAAGAACUUCUGGUGACUUCGUGGUAGGCGAUGAUGAAGAGGUUGAUGAGGAGGCGGGCUCGAGCCAUGAAAAUUUGAAAGUUGAAGAAAUGGAUGAAAAUUUCUCUGAUGAUGAUCUAUCAGAUGGUGAGCCAAAGAAAAAGAAGAAGAAGAAGAAGUCCACUAAGAUUAGCAAUGGUGUGGCUUCCAAACCUAAUGGGAAAUCAUCAAUGUUGCUAGACCCAGAAUCGUUAGAAAAAUGCCAAAGACUACUUAGUGAAGUAUCGGCAUUGACUGAUGACAAUAAUGCUCUUCUUUGCGAGUUAUUUUUGAAGUUGCCAUCGAAAAAGCUUUACCCUGAUUAUUAUCAAAUUAUCGAGAAGCCGAUUAGUAUAUCUGAGAUUUCAAAAAACUUGAAACAAAACAAGUAUGCUUCAUAUUAUGAUUUGAUCAAUGACUUCAAGUUGAUGAUACAGAAUGCAAAAACCUACAAUGAACCGGAAAGUUUUGUAUAUGAAAACGCUGCGAAGAUUGACGAGUUUAUUGACAAGUUUGAGUAA